UACGCCAGUAAUUCCGCCCUGUCGCAAGAUGGCGGCGGGUAGCGGGAGGCGGCGCGGAGUGCUGCGGCUGCUAAUGCGGAUCGGGUCGGUGCUGCUCACUCGCUUCCCGUUCUGGCACUGUCUCAGCGGCCUUCUCCUCAAUGCCGAGCGCGCCGAGGUUCGCCGGAAACCAGACAUCCCUGUUCCGUUUCUCUACUUUGAUAUGGGUGCAGCAGUUUUGUGUGCCAGCUUUAUGUCCUUUGGUGUGAAACGACGAUGGUUCGCUUUGGGGGCUGCUCUCCAGUUGGCUAUCAGCACCUACGCAGCAUAUGUUGGAGGCUAUGCACAUUAUGCAGACUGGCUGAAGGUGAGAAUGUACUCACGAACAAUAGCCAUAAUAGGUGGAUUUUUGAUCUUGGCAAGUGGCGCUGGUGAAAUCUACCGCCAGAAACCACGGAACAGAUCAUUGCAGUCUACUGGGCAAGUUUUCAUUGGAAUCUACCUCAUUUGUGUGGCCUACUCUCUUCAGCACAGCAAAGAAGAUCGCCUGGCCUAUCUUGGUGGUAUCCUGGGUGGGGAGAUCCUCCUACAGCUUCUCUUUGUUCUCUACGGCGUCCUUGCUCUGUCCUUUCUAUCCGGUUAUUACAUCACCACAGCUGCUCAAAUCCUGUCGGUAAUUCUUCCUCUGGUCAUCCUCUUCAUUGAUGGCAAUCUUGGUUUCUGGCACGAUUCUCGCAGAGUUGAAUUCUGGAAUCAAAUGAAGUUGAUUGGCCAAAACGUUGGGGUUUUUGGGGCCUCCAUCAUUUUGGCCACAGAUGGCUGAGCAUAACCCAGGGGACUUGAGGAACUAUGCUUGAUUUCAGGCCAGGGAGAGCAGAAGACUUCCGGAGAAGGAACUGGGAUGAUUUUAAACAAUUGCUUAUUUAUUUUUUGGUUUUACUGCAUUGUUGAAACUCUUUGCUCUUUUCCACUGGCAGCUAAACGAACUUAUAUUCUUUCUUUAUAAUGUGGGGUCACUUCUAUUUUUUUAAUUUUAUUCUUACCAAGGACAGUUCAACAGCUGUCCUAUUUAUUGAGCAAUAGAAAGUGAAAGAUUAAUGUCUUUAAUCACAUCCGUUAGGGUUCAGGGUUUUGGUGUCCCCUAGUAGAAUUGGUUUACAUUUUUGUUUCCAGUCUUUCAGAAACUUAAAGAAAAUUUGAACAAAAUUUCCACUUGGUAUGCUACUGGGCCUGAACAACACUCCUAGGUUGAGUAAAUAGACAGAGAGAUUUGGAACCAUUUUACUUUGGAUUCAAGAGUAUGACUAUGAUGGGGUGGUUCUUAUAGAAUGUAUAGUUUUUUUAUAUCAAGUGGGGCUUCUGACCAUUGAUAAUUCUCAAAGAGGCUAAGAUAAAUACUAAAGUCUGUUUGCAUUGGCUAACCUCUGCUCUGCUUGUAUGAACACAUUUGUGAAACUGUAUUAUACUCUUCCAGACAAGCAUGAAGUCAAACAGUGACCAAUUGGGUAAAAAUAUUAUUUUAUUCAUAGUAGGUUUAGGAGUAAAGAGACUCCUAAAGGGAAUAUUUAUAUAUUUAGUGCAUCAGCUAAGAACUAGGAGCGCUUCCUGCUGAAGCUGGAUGGUAAAAGGAAAGUUAGAUUUUGUGUUAAGUUCCUAUAAGGCAGAACAUUUAGAGUUGGAUUCCAACUAGCUGCAAGUGGAAGAAAAGAAAUUUGGAAAUAAUUUUCCUUGAUCUAGAUGCCUCAGAUUUUGUGGUACUGGAACUAAUCAGGGAUGGACAAUAUUUGAAAUGAUAGAUGAUUGCAUCUCUGCCUCAUGAUUUUUUAAAUUAUAUGUCUGUCCUAUGAUAGAAAAUGAUGGAGUGAAUUUGCGGUCUGUGGUUUUAUGCCUUUUUUAGGCAGAGAGGGGGGGAUUGGAAGGCCCUUAACUCAUCUAUCCCUAUCCCUAAAUGUUGAAACCCCCACUUUUAAGACUACUUUUGUCUCAUUUUAAAUACUUCCUUUUGGAGGAAGGUGAAAAGUGAAGAAUGGAAAUGAAAGGAAAAUGCUCUCAAAGUGCCAUUUCUUGCAGCAUUUUGGAGAGUUUAAAUGUGGGAGGAAGUGGGAGCAGUUUGUCUCCCAGAAGUAUCAAAACUGGGAAUAU